AUGUUUGAAAAGGGCGUGUUCGCGCCCCCCGAUUUCUUUGAUGUUCGCGCUGGUCCUUACACCCUCAUGAUUGAGUGGCAUGUCUACCGCAUGGAAGUCCUUCGGCUCGGCAACGGGAAAACUCUCGUCGCGCCAGGCUGUAGAGGCACUGUACCGGAUGGCAGCUGCUAUUUCGACGAGUUCUGCAAGCACAUUCAGAUGAAGAAAGUAUGGCAAGGGAGGACUUCGGCCGGACACGAUCUUUUCCCCGACAUUGAUACUACGGCCCGCGAGCUGCGCAACUCAGGAUAUAAGUUCGCGGAUGAUCCGAACAAGCUGCUGCCCAGCGUAUUCCCGGACGCUAAAGCGGUCAAGGCCCAACAGCCCGGCUUCUCUAAGAUCUUUGAGCCGAUCAUCGAUCGCCUUCAGACACUCCGGUUUGACGCCGGUGCAGACGCAGAUCAGAUGUUUGGGCGGGACGUGUCGGAGGCUGAGAAGGCAGUCGCUUUGGCCGUCAAGGCUCGCAUUGCGGACCAAGCGGUAAAGUGGAUUGAUAAAAUUAAUGAUCAAUUAAGGCCACACAACGUUGUAAGUUUCUCGGGGCUCAAAAUCGCGGAUCAACUUCCACAUACAUCCACUGACACUGCGGGAACCACAAAGGUGCUGUCCACGUUCGACAGACCAGAUGUUGGCUUUGGCCCGUGGACGGAGCCUGAUUUCGAAGGCACCUUGAGACGAUACGGCGUUGAAACAGCAAAAAUCAUCACGCCAAUAAUUGCUUCGCUCAAUACCCAUCUCGACACGGUGGAUCAGACCUUUAUGAAGCAUCAAAGGGCGAUUGAGGCUUGUCAGUCGUAUCAGGACCGCAUAUACUGGAACUUGGACUGCUGAAACUCAGGCGCUAUCUUGAACGAUAGUUCGCAGUGGCAAGAUGAUAACAGAGCUGUAUUGCGGACUAAAACGACUUUUUGUCUUCUUUUUUCAGAAUCGUUGAGGGCGGUUUCUUUGCCUUGGCCAGUGACAUCAACUCCAU